GCUCUGAAGAAAGAUUCCUGGUAGAAGACAGAUCACUUGUGCCUUGUAAGAAUCAGAAAUGGCUUCAUGGGGUGCAGGAAGCUCAUGUGAGCUGCCAAGCACUGACUGAGUUCCGCCUCCAACAGACCUGGGGAUGAAGACUGCCGCCAUCUUGGCUCUGAUUGGCUGCCUGGUCACGGUCACUGAGCCCAAAGUCUACACUCGCUGUAAACUGGCAAAAAUAUUUUCAAGGGCUGGCCUUGACAAUUACCAGGGAUUUAGCCUUGGAAACUGGAUCUGCAUGGCCUACUAUGAGAGCCACUACAAUACAACAGCUCAGACUGAGCUAGAGGAUGGGAGCAUUGACUAUGGCAUUUUUCAGAUAAACAGUUUCACAUGGUGCAGACGGGCUAAGCUACAAGAGAAGAACCAUUGUCACAUUGCCUGCGCAGCCUUGAUCACGGAUGACCUCACAGAUGCAAUUAUCUGUGCCAAGAAAAUUGCUAAAGAGACAGAAGGGAUGAACUAUUGGCAAGGCUGGAAGAAACACUGUGAGGGCAAAGACCUGUCGGAGUGGAAAAAGGGAUGUGAAGUUUCAUGAAUUGGAACUGGACCCAGGAUGCUCUGCAACCACUCCCUAGGAUUUGUCACCCUUUCCCCCUUCCUCCCAAUGUUCCUUCUUGAAGUUGGAGAGGGAAAACUAAUUUAUAGUUUUUAAGGAAAUAAAUAUUUCUAUUUAACUAUCUUCAC